GAAUAUGCACACUUACUUACAUAGUACACUGCACUGUACAUGUACGUGCGCGCACUCGACUCGUACGCCAUUGCACGACUGUUGAGUAAGCAAGGGAACUUCCGUACUGGUCUGAGUGGGCUCUGAUUGUAGGUAGAGUAACGGAGGAAAUUGUUUGGCAGUGACAAGAAAAGGCUUGUUAAAAUCCCACAAACACUUUUAUUUAUGAGUAAUAAGCAGCCCAAACCCGUCCUCACAGGUCAGCGGAUCAGGACCCGGAAACGGGAUGAGAAAGAGAAGUACGACCCUAAUGGAUUUCGUGACAUUCUGGUGAAUGGUCUUAAUGAUAUCAAUGUAAGUAAUCUGGAUGAGGUCACCAAGUAUCUAGAUGGUGCUGGCAGCAAGCUCGACUACAAACGUUACUGGGAGACACUCUUUGAUAUUCUCUUAGCUGGAGGCAUCUUAGCCCCUGGAGGUUCACUCCUUCAAGAUGACGACAAGAAAGAGACUACCAUCAGUAAGUUCUGCCUCUUCUCAGCGGAGGAGACCACCGAGGCUAUUAAGGGUGUGGCCAUGGUGUUCCAGAGAUUGACAAGGCGUUACAGGUACUUGGGCAAGAAAUUGGAGGAUGAUGAAAUGAAGAAGAUCCUGUCGUUUCUGAAGACCUUCAGUCAGUCAGAGCGCAACAAGUUGGCCAUAUUUACAGGGUUGUUUCUCUGUACAGGCGAUAAUCCUGCCAAAUGCCUCGAGAGCUUGUACACCGAAACUCUAGUCAAGGAAGGGAUUUCCCUGGAGUUCUUUAAGGUGAUGUUCCACACUUGGCUCGGGGAGAAGGAUAUGAGCAGUAUUGCCAAUGUCCUCCGCAAGGCUUCCAUGGAUCGUAGGCUGCUGGAGGUUAUCCCUAGUACUAAGAGGUCUGAAGAAUACUUUGAGAAAUGUUUCAACGAGGCGGGGUUAGAUCAGCUUGUCACCUUCCAGAGGAAUAUGUUACAUGAUGACAAUAAGAACUCCUUCAUGACUGAGCUGAAAGAACUGAUGGAGAAAGAAAACCCUCCUACCGCCAAAGAGUUGGUAGGAAUUUGCUCCGAGAUGAAGACCAAGACAUUACUCUCUGAGCCUGAAGUGGUCAAACUGAUCUGGAACUGUAUCAUGGACAUAGUAGAAUGGAACAAGAAGGAAGAGUUGAUUACUGACCAGGCGUUGAGACACAUCAAGCCUUACGCCCCUCUGCUUGCUGGCUUCACUUCUCAGGCAAGCACAGAAUUGACUCUUCUCUAUGAAAUCCAGGAUUACUGUUACACCAACAUCAGCUUCAUGAAGACCUUCCAGAAAAUUGUGGUUCUUCUCUAUAAAACUGAUGUUUUGUCGGAGGAGACCAUCUUGAAAUGGAACAAGGAGAUCCACGUUGGCAAAGGCAAGAGUGUCUUCUUGAAUCACCUUCAGCAGUUUGUGGAAUGGCUGGAGAAUGCCGAGGAAGAGUCUGACGAGGAUGACUAGGUCAACGCCCAGUUCCCUACCUCUCAGACAAGACAGCUUAUGACUGGAAAAGAAAUUUAGAAAUGGCUCUUGGGGCUACAGUAGUUGUAGACAAUAAUGGUUAAUUAUGCAAUAUUUGUCUCUGUAAAAGAUCUCUCAAUAGUGGUGUAUAUGUGAUACUUUUGUUUAAACUACCCCUCCUGUUUUUAAUGAUACUUUAGUUUACAGUUCAUAGAGUAAAUUUGUAUGCAUAUUUUUGGAUGGACUGCACUUGGAACCAACCACAUUCCUUUCUAAGUAUUUUGAGUAUUUUGAGUUUGGCUGGAGGUUAGAACUGAACCCGAUGAAGUUGCUUUUCCCGUAAUGCUUUCUUCUUAAAAAUAUCAGAGGCCUUGUUUUGGGUGAUGAUGGAAAAAUGUGCAAGGAAAUUUGCCUACAUAAAUACUCAGAAUUGUUAGUGUGGGUACUUAUUUUGAUAGUAUUUUUAAAGUAUCGAUGAUAUUGUUUGUAGUGUCUUAAGGAACCUGUAUUAAGAAACUUUUAGUCCCCCAUUAAGAAUUAAAUCUUAACAUGGCAGGCAUUUUUUUUUCUAAUAUUAACAUCAAAACAGUGUACUUCCAUUUUCUUUGUACCAAUUUGAAUCACAAGUGAAGUCAGAUGAGAUGGAAGUUUGCAGAUAGUUACCAGUAUGAGGUAAUUUCAUCUCCAGCUCAUAUUUGCCAUUUCUUUGAUGCACAUUUGUGUUUGAAUGUUCAGUGGAUUGGUGCCCUUUUAAAAAUAUCGUUCUCCAUUUUUUGUGGGAGGGGGGAGAGGCGUGAUUGAUAAUUUGAUUUUUUAGGUGUCAAUUCAGCUGUAAUUUACGCCAUUGCUUUUCAAAAUAAGUUCAUAAUUGAAUUGACUUGAGAAGAGAUUAAACUUAUUUCACAAACCAUCAUUUUUCUUUGACUGACCUGUUCUGGCCUGUUGCCUUAUGUUAUCUAUUGUAGAGACUAACACAACCUCUCACCGUGUUGUUACUGCCUGUUUUGAUCUUUGCUAGUUGGGGGGCGGAUGAAGUUCCAUAUCAUUAACUCAGUUUUAUUGUCUGUGGAUUUUUUUGUGUUACAUCAUCUCUUCAUUAAUUUCUGCAACUUCUGUUAUGUGUCUAGCAAGUUUAAUAACCCAUUUUCUACGAUAGAUGAUACACUUGUAUCUAUCAUGAAAAUGCAGAGUUUCAUCUAUUUUUGUGGUUAUUUAACUUAAAAACCACACAAUUGGUUCUAUUUUUGUGAGGGGGUGUUUUAAGAUUUGUCUGUGUGAGACAUUUUGUUCUGAUUUUGGUUUAUUUGAGUUCAAGGUAAAAUAAAUUUGCUAGGUGAUAAUGUGUCCAUUUUA